AUAACAACAACUAGUCAGUCAGCCACUCGCGCGGGGAUCGCGUGUGCGCCCGCGCAGACACUCGCGGCUUUGUUUACCUACACAAUAAGAUUCAACCCUUUUAUAAACUUACAAAAAAACACUGACAAAAAGUUUUUAUGGAAUGCGGGUUUAUCACCAAAUCUGCUUAUAAGUGUUGCAUAUUUGAAGUGAAAGCGUUCGAUUGUGAAGAUGUUAGUGCAAGAAUAGUGAUAGUGACAAUAUGGAGUGGCUCAAGGGUUUAGUGGGGAGGAGGCGGGAGGACGCCGACGAGGAGGCGCGAGAGCCUCCAGUGACGUCACCGGAGGGCCCGCUGCUGGAGACAGAGCGCGCGCGCCGUGAGCGCUGGCGCAGCGUCUACGUGAUCUACUUCACCAUGUUCCAGAUGUCACUGGGCUUCAGCAUCGUGCUCACCGGAGUCUGGCCCUACCUGGACAAGCUAGAACCCGGCUCCAAGAAGGAGAUCCUAGGCUUAGCAGUGGGCGCGAACCCGCUGGGCCAGCUUCUAUUCUCCCCUCUAUUCGGACUGUGGGCCAACCGCGCGGCGAGUGCGCGCGCGCCGCUUCUGGCGUCGCUGGCGCUGUUCGUGUUAGCUAGUGGACUGUAUUCACAGCUGCAUCUGACGAGGCCGUAUGCUAAGUACUGGAUGGUCUUUGCCAGGUUCCUCGUUGGAGUCAGCUCCGCAAACAUAGCAGUGGCGCGAUCCUACCUCUCAGCUGCCACCCUGGUCAGCGAGCGUACUCGGGCGGUGGCUGGAGUCUCCCUCGCCCAAGUGCUGGGUUUCGUGGUGGGCCCCGCCCUCCAGGCCGCGGCGGCCCCCCUCGGCCCCGGCGCCCCCUACCCCCCACCUGGAGACUUCUCCUCACCCUUCCGCCUAGACAUGUACACCGCGGCAGGGUGGAUCAAUGCACUAUUAGGCUUCGUCAACUUCAUACUGUUCCUGCCGUGGUGCUUUAAGGAGAGGAAGAUCGCGGCUAGGGAGGCUAUGGUGGCGCAAGGGAAGGAUUCAGAAAAAGAAGCCCUGAAAUGCAUGAAGCCGGACUACGUAAGCAGCUGGACUUUAAUCCUGGCAUUCUUCGUGCUGGUGUUCAACUUCGUGCUGCUGGAGACGCUGGCGACCUCGCUGACAAUGGACCAGUUCGCGUGGUCCAAGAAGCAAGCUCUGGAGUACAUGGGCGCCCUCAUGAGCGCCGGCGCCGUUGUGGCUUGCGCUACCUUCGCCUUGAUUGGGCCACUUACGAAGAUUUUUGAAGAGAGAGCACUACUCCUAUGGGGCGGGUUCCUCCUGACCGGCAUGGCGUCAGUGUUCUGCAUCCCGUGGGGCCCCGGGCCGCCGCCGCUGGCCCCGGUCAACGCGACGGAGGCCGGCGGCGGGUGCCCGCAGUCCACGCAGCCCUGGUGCGAGGACUCCCGGGGCAUCAACAUCCCGCAGUUCCUGCUGGGGUACGCGUGCGUCUCCGUGGGGUAUCCCCUCGGGGUGACGCUCAUACAGACUAUCUUCUCCAAAGUGCUUGGGCCAAGGCCACAGGGUCUGUGGAUGGGCAUCCUCACCGGCGCGGGGUGCCUAUCGCGCGCGCUGGGCCCAGUCUUCGUAUCCACGGUGUACGCGCGGCGAGGCCCCGACGCCACCUUCGGGUCCACCGCGGGCCUCACACUCGCGGCCCUGCUGGGCCUGCGCCUCGUCUACAACCGGCUCCGCCCCCCGGACCUUACAAUAUCGCCCCCGCCGCAGGAGAUGGUCCCGCUAAACACUGAGAAGAACAGUAACUCGAACCACACUGCGCUUCCAGGUGUAAUGGUAGACUCUAAUGAUGAUAAGAAACAAGACGUAAAUGAGACUAAAGAAGGUGAAUUACAUAGGAAAGAGCUUGAGACGUGACGAAGGUUUUGCCCUUUGUUAUGGGCCACAUUCACAGGGCUGCGUGCCGGACACCCACAGUGCCGCGACCCAGGCUGGUUCAGGCUGGGUCGUUUAUUUAACCUCAUUGGACUCGGGUUUCCGGACACAGUAGUUAAGUUAGUUUGGAUUUCUAAAAGACAUUAGACCUUUAAAACGACGGGAGGUUUUCUGAAAGUUGGUCAACAAUACUUGAUUUUUUAAACUCUACACCGGCGCCACACUUCGUAAAUUGUGAUAUUUUGAGGUUAAGAAUAUUCCCAGCAAAAAGGUGAUUUGAACUAAAUAAGUACCAGGCCGUGCCGCGUCCGGCAUACAGGAUUGUGAAUGUGGCCCAUCACCCGAUUGCUCGCUAAGGAGGGUUAUGUUUAUUGCUAUGGUAAUCAGUCCAGGUUUAAAUGUACUGUGUUCUUUAGUAAUCUUUUAAUAGGGAAGACACUGCGCCAAACUAAGGUGUUCACUGAGGGUGUUCAUAAAUAAGCACUUAUGAAAUGUAAGAGCCAUUUGUUAAGAUUAUAAAUGUACUUUCGGUAAAUAAUAAAACUACCAAACAAAAAUGUAAGCAUCGACAGCAACCAUCGAACACAAGCUGUAAGUACCUACCUCAAACAAGCGACUCUUGCCAGAAAUGCUCAAUAAUUUUCUUGUUUGCUCGAUUAUUACUCCUAUUAGGACUUUUUGGCUGUACCUACCUAUAUUUUUAAUAAUAAUUAUUAUUAUACGUUGAUUUACGUAGAUUAUAUAAAGCAAUAA